CAUCCCUGCUGCUGAGUUGAAAUGUUUGUCCACUUAGCUUGUCAUGAUGCGGCCUUUGUUGUUUGCGCAGAUCUAGAGCAUUAAAAUUAUUCUUUCUUGUCGACUAAGUUCGGUGAUAAGCUAUGAAGCUAACACGGAAACUGGUUCUCGCUAAGGCCAAGGCCUCCGACUUGGAAAGCGUGAAAAAACUGAACUGCUGGGGAUGCAACCUCACUGAUAUUUCUAUCUUCUCUCAAAUGCCCAACAUUAAGGUGCUGACACUGAGUGUCAACCGCAUCUCGUCUCUCGCUCCUCUGGCUGGCUGUCUGUCUCUGUGUGAGCUCUACCUGAGGAGGAAUAUGAUCCCCUCUCUCUCUGAGCUCUCUCAUCUGCGCUCCUUGACAAGUCUCAAGGUGCUCUGGUUGGCUGAGAACCCCUGUUGUGGACCCGAGUCCAGCCAGUAUCGCCUGACUGUCCUGCGCUGCCUCCCUCGUCUCCAGAGGCUGGACAACCUGCCAGUGACAGAGGAUGAGAUUUCACUAGCUAUCAUGGAGGGUGAAGUCGUCACCACCCCCCCAGGCAGUGUCCAAAACCAGCUUUCCUCCAACGGACUUCCAGAAGCAGAGACAGAGAAUGACGCCCUCAACUACAACAUGGAGGAGACCAAUAAAAUCAGGGAAGAGUUGGGGAUGAAGCCCCUCUCCAGAGACAAGUUCCCCUCUCUCUCCUCUCCAUCAACCAGAGAAAGCAGAUCGUCUCUGAAAAAGUCACACACUCUCGAUGCAGUUCUGCUGCUGCUGAACGAUUUGGAUGAAGAGGAGCUUCGCAUCGUACACACAGCUACACAGAACCGGCUCCACACUUACACACUGGACUCAGAGACACUAAAAGACUCACUGCAGACACAGAAAACCGCUGACAUCACACAAUAAAACACUGCACAGCCUGCACUCAGGGCCAAACCUCUCACUCCCUUUUCCACGUCCAAACCAAAAUCUCAUCCUUAGAGAUUAGAAACAGGUCCUAACCACCCCCCACCCUCCCUCCUGUUACCUCCUGAUUCCACUAAGCAUGGCACGUGACGUGACUUCACUGACCGCUUGUCUUUGUGGUCCAGUUUUCACAUGUGGAAGAGUACUGAAAAAUUUCCUUGGCUUUGGCUUUUUUUUUUUUUUCUUUUAAUGCAGCAUGCCUAUCUGCCUUGUAAGAAC